CACCGAAAACGACUUUUGAAAAUUCAUUUUACCGCUACAAAGUCACAGUGAUAAGCAACGCGAGUCUUUGGGAUAUGCACCUCAGCCGCCACUGCAACUGCUGCUAAGGAGUCAGACUCUCGAGGAGGAGGAGUACACUCACCCACUCAGACCCUCGCACGUACAGAGAGCACCACCGAAUCGGCGAAACAAUGCAGCUCCGAACCGUCCAGGAGGCGAAAGUUGUGGAUGUGGAGAAGAGGAGAAACCCGUCCAAGCACUACGUUUAUGUAAUAAAUGUUACAUAUUCGGAUUCAACAUCUCAGCCCAUUUACAGGAGAUACAGCAAAUUUUUUGACCUCCAGAUGCAGAUCCUGGACAAAUUUCCUAUUGAGGGAGGGCAGAAAGAUCCUAAGCAGCGCAUUAUUCCCUUUCUUCCAGGUAAAAUUCUUUUCAGGCGAAGUCAUGUCCGAGAUGUUGCAAUAAAAAGACUUAGACCCAUUGAUGAUUACUGCCGGUCUCUUGUACGUCUGCCUGCUUUCAUCUCACAGAGUGAGGAUGUACUGAGGUUUUUUGAGACUCGGCCUGAGGACCUCAACCCUCCAAAGGAAGACUAUGGCUCCAAAAGAAAAUCAGGAGCCGACAAUUCAGAUCCCAUGGUGCUGGAGCAGUAUGUGGUGGUAGCCAAUUACGAGAAACAGGAGAACUCUGAGAUCAGCCUGAAAGCAGGAGAAGUAGUGGAUGUAAUUGAAAAGAACGAGAGUGGCUGGUGGUUUGUCAGCACAGCAGAGGAGCAAGGUUGGGUACCAGCCACAUACCUAGAUUCCCAAAGUGGAACCCGUGAUGACCUUGAGCUCAGCACAUCAAGAAGUGGAGAAGUUACUAAGCGACGAAAGGCUCACCUGAAGCGCUUGGACCGGCGAUGGACGCUGGGCGGAAUUGUGAACCGACAGCAAAGUCGAGAGGAGAAAUAUGUCACUGUUCAGCCUUAUGUCAGCCAAAGCAAGGAUGAGAUUGGCUUUGAGAAAGGGGUUACCGUGGAGGUCAUCCAGAAGAACCUAGAAGGAUGGUGGUAUAUCAGAUACUUAGGCAAAGAAGGAUGGGCUCCAGCAUCUUACUUAAAAAAGAUCAAAGAUGAUUUUUCACCUCGUAAGAAGACAUUGACGGGUCCUGUUGAGAUCAUUGGAAACAUCAUGGAAAUUAGUAAUCUCCUGAACAAAAAGCAGAUGAGUGAAAAGGAUGUUCAAACAGACAAUGAUCCAAAUGAAACCCCAAUUUCCAAAAAAGAAAUCAGUCUUCCUAUUCCAUGUGAAGAUACAUUUGGCAGUAGCACAGUGCUGCAGGAGAAACAAACAAACAAGGUGGCUCAAGGUUCGCCAGCUGUUGCACGUAUCGCCCCUCAGAGAGCUGAACACAGUUCUCCAAACCUAAGACAGAAACCUCCUCCCAGAAGAGAAACUAGUUUGGGAUUUCAGUUACCAAAGCCGCCGGAACCCCCUACAGUUGAAGUUGAGUACUAUACCAUUGCAGAGUUUCAGUCUUGUAUAUCUGAUGGAAUCAGCUUCCGUGGAGGACAAAAGGCUGAAGUUAUUGAAAAGAACUCUGGUGGAUGGUGGUAUGUUCAAAUUGGUGAUAGGGAAGGCUGGGCUCCAUGUUCUUACAUUGACAAAAGGAAGAAACCUAACCUUAACAGAAGAACCAGCACCUUAACCAGACCUAAAAUCCCCCCUCCAGCACCCCCAAUCAAAAAACAAGAGUCAGAGGAGCUUUCUUCAUCUAGCAAGAAUUUAAAAGGAGAGACUCCAGAGUCUCCACACAAGUUCAUGUAUGAGGAACCAGAGUAUGAUGUCCCUGCCAUUGGUUUUGAUUUAGAAUCUGAACUUGAUUUUGAACAUCAGGAUAUCCUAAAAGUGUCACUAUGUGAAGCUGUGACAUCUGAGAUUGCGGCUCUCCAGUCUUCCAAACCAUAUCAACCUUUGUCUUCACUCCAGAGAGCAAAAUUUAAAGUUGGGGAAUCAUCAGAGGAUGUAGCUGAGGAUGAUAAGACUAUCUAUGAGAAUGAUGGUUUUAGGACUUGCUGUGAUGAUACUGCCUCCAGCAAAGAAUCCAGUGGUGAUUCUGAGCCUCAGAAACCCAGUACCCAGUCUAGCAUUAUUAGAGCAUCAUCCUCAAGAACAUCUGUUGAUUUUGUAAAAAGUGCUGUUAAGGCUCAAGUUGAUUCUGCCAAAAACCAGUCACUUAGCAAGAGUGACGAUACUAAACCACGAUCAGCUUCUGAUGUAAGCAGUCGAAGUACAGCGAAGGCGCCACCAAGGAUUGAUGUUGAGGAAAGGAUAGGGCAGAGCCCAUCUACCAAACCAAAGCCUCGAGUCAGGCCCAAACCUCUUAUCUCCAAACAAGAAGGCCAAAGUUCAGAAAAAAUGGAUAUUACUAGUCUAAGGAGACAUCUGCGGCCAACUGGACAACUUAAACAUAAUUUAAAAGCAUCAUUAGGAGAGGAUUCCGAAACAGCUUCUGUCAUCUCUUCUGAAGACUCUGCUUCUUCCAAAAGUCUGUCAGAUCUCUCAAGCAUAUACUCUAAAGGAAGCAGGGGUGAUUCAGAAUAUGAAAUGAUAUAUAGAACCAUUGACAACUAUGAAAAAGUACAAGAAACUGAAAUCAGCUUUCCAGCUGGAGUUGAAGUUGAGGUGGUUGACAAGCAGGAGAGUGGAUGGUGGUACAUCAGAUAUGGUGAUGAUGAAGGUUGGGCUCCUGCAUAUUUCUUGGAAUCCUUGAGUAGCAAGACAAUAGACACUGUAGGGUCAGAGUCUGAGGACACUCCAACGAAACAGGGAAGCAGAAGCAAGUCCAAUAGUCUGGAAAAAAAUGAGAAAAGGGUUCAGGCAUUAAAUAACAUCAAUCAAAAUAUGAGGGCAACACCACCCAUUCCUUCAAAACCUCCAGGUGGCUUUUCAAAACCUACUGGAAUGGUCAAUGGCUCAGUGAAAAUGAGAAAUGGAGUGCGACAGUUAGCUGUAAGACCACAAUCUGUCUUUGUUUCUGCACCUUCGAAAGAUACCAACCUUUACUCGGGGUCCCUACGCAGAAAUGAAUCCCUGAAUUCUACUGACCACUUAAGGUCUGGUGUGUCAGUAAGACGAAAUUCUUCUUUCAAUGCUGUGAGAAGCCAGGCAGAUGAUGCCAAACAAAAAAACCCCGAAAAAAAAGCUAUGGGCUGCACAGAUGUUUUAUCAAAAACAUCUCCAAGGAAUGGCAUUCCUGUGUCCACUGUCAAACCAAAGCUUGUGGACAGGUCUCCUCUCAUCCAGAGCAAUCCCAAAGAGCUUUAUGUUUCCAUAGCUGAUUACCGUGGGGAUGAAGAGACGAUGGGAUUCACAGAAGGAACAAGUUUGGAAGUCCUCGAACGAAACCCAAAUGGAUGGUGGUACUGCCAGAUUUUAGAUAGUUUACGCCCCCAGAAAGGUUGGGUACCUUCAAAUUAUUUAGAGAAAAAAAACUAACUUAUUGAUUGUGUAUUUUUUUUCAUAUGUGUGUGGUUUUCUUUUUUUAAUAACAUGCACAGUUUUACAGAUACUGAAUAGUACAAUGUACUUUAGGAAACGUUUUGAGUGUUCGUUUACCAGUGUAAAUGUAAAAUAUGAUGUUUCAUGAUCAUGAAUUAAAAAUGAGACAUGCUGAGGGAGUGGCCACCCUGCUGUCUCAAAUGGCUCUAAGAAAAUCUGAAACUGGUAAGAUUUUUCUUAAAGGAAGAAAGGAAACAAUGGGUGAUAAUUGGAAUGAAAUUUGCAAUCUUGCUGAAAUUAGGAACUCAUUAAAUUGUUCUGGAUAUCCAAAGAGGUGCCUUUUUUACUUUUCACUUAAUUAUAGACCAAAUAAAUAAAAGGCUGACAGAUCUUUGUGUGGUACUUGGAUGAUCAUGCAAAAUGAUCGCAGCUCUUUGAAGAUCAAGACGUUUUAAUUUCCUUUAAGCGCUACAUCCGGAAGGAGCUGUUGGAAUGGAGUUGUGGAACUAAAGUGAAAAUUCAAACAUAAUCACAAAGAUCUGCAGGAUUUGAAUUAAUGAAAAGAAUGGAAAACCAAAACAGGCGCCAUGAAAGCCAUAGGAUGAAUGCAAAAAAGGCAGUGAUAUGUUCAUUACCUUUUUUUGAUCAUAAUGGCAGCUUUUAAAAAAGCAAUUACAAAAAACUACUUUAUGUUUAUGUGUUUGUUUGUUUUUACAGUUUUAAAGUGUUUUUUCUAUUUUCAUGACUUUCUUAUAGAGAUUUAUUUCUGACCUGGUCUUGUGACACUAUCAGCCUGGCUUUUACACAGUCAAAACUAACUUUUGUGCUUAAAUUAGACUGUUAAGCGUUUUCCUGCAGGGUAUUCAGGUUCUUGUUUUAUUACCUUAAAUCUGUCUUCCAGUUUCAACUUUAAUUAUAUAUUUUUUCACUUGAACUCCUUAAAAUUUUAAAUUAUAAUUAAAAAAAGAAUAAAUUGCACAGUUCCUCCCCAAGAGUUUAGUUUUGCUAGACUUCUGAUUUUCAGUGACCUUUCUUAACAUUUGAAUUUUGUUUACAAAAAUAUAAAUUGAAAACUUUAUUUUUAUACCAGGUAAUCCAGAAAAUAUACUUUGUAUAUAUUGCUGCUUUUUGUCCUUUUCACUUGUGAAGGAUUGUGGAAUUAUUUUUUCUUUCCUGCUUGUCUGUUUCCAACAGAAACAGGAGAUAUUACUGGAAAACAGGCUUGGAAAUAGCCAUCCAAACCCAGGGAUCUGAAGUUAUAGUGUCCCAAAAUGUGAUCAGACCUAAUAUGCCCAUGUAAGGGAGUACUCAUUUGACAUUUUAUGAGACCUAAAACCAAAUUAGUAUAAUUGGUUAUAUUGUUUCUCAGUGUAGGUUAAUGAGAAUCAGUUUUCUUGAGGCCCAGUAUCUUUAAAUAUUUUUGAAAAUUAUAGGAUUAUGUCACUGAUAAUUGAAAAUCCUUUAAGUGUGAAAGGAAGAAUCAGUAGAGGAACAGAUCUGUGUCAUGAACUGGAUUUCCACGGGCACCCACUGGAGUCGUACCUGGAUCAGUGGGAAAUGCCACAGCCCCCCAGGGUGCGUCACUCAGAGGUACAGAAAACUGCUUCUUAUGUGCAAAGGCUGACGUUCAAGACUGCUGAAAUAUUUUUCUAAAGAAAAGCAUGGAGUUACGUUCUGGGCUCAACGCCAUUUUUGUUUAUUUUCUGCUGGACAGUAUUAAACAAUAGAUAGGAUAAUCUGCUAGAUUGCAGUAAUAUUAUAUUGGCAGAAAGUAGUUUGUAGUGUGAUUACAACAUUGCCAAUAAUGAUGGAUGAAGUGGUUCAUUAUUUGUGAAUUAAUGCACUUUACACAAAGAAAAACUGGGUGCAUUACUUAAAGAUGCAGUAUAAUAUUUUGAGAAUCCAGGACAUUAUUUAUUUUUUUUAAGUAAAAAUUAUUUAUAAUUAUUUAAAUGUGCGUAUUUUGAUUUACCUGUUUUGCAACAUUCUCUUUCAGUUGCAAAGGUGGUGUACCGAUAGAAAAUUUAUGUCUAUUUGGACUGCUCUCUAAACACGUUGCUUGUUUUUACGUGUGCGUUUUUUUAGCCUCCACUUCUGACAGUCAUUUCUUUGCACAGUGAGACCUCUAGUGAUAGGCAGCUGUUACUGCAGCUUUAAUCACUGCUUUUUUUAAAAAUUGAAACAAAAACAAAACAAAACAAAAAUACAUGUAAAUAAAUUGAAUGGUUUCCAAAAGGCAAUGCAAAUGAUGUGUUAUUCACUUUUACAUAAAUUAGGCAACCUCUUUUUGUGAAAUUACUGUUCCAAUGCUGUAUACUGCAACUUUAACAAUAAUGGGCACUUCCUAUGUCGUUAUUGCAAUCUAUAUAAUGCCUGAUUUUCUUUUCUGUUUAUUCUUUGACAUUUCAGUAGUUUUUUUUCUGUUUGUUGUUUCACAGCUUUCAGUUGCUGACAGAUUACAAUAUUUACUCAAAGUGAGUAUGUGCUGACAAAUUACCGUUGUCCCAUAUAUUGAAAUGUUAUCAAAUAAGAAUGUAAAAUAUCUUUAUGUGGAACAUCACCGUUUUCAUGCAACUGAGGCCAAGAGAUGGUUUGGGUGAGCAUGAGAAGGAGUUAAUUGGGAUCCAAUCAAAUGUACUGUGGUUUGCAGCACCAGGAUAAGAAUUAAAAUACGUGAGAGGGCAUUCUGACAGCCCCUCACAUUGACUGUUAAACCCAGCAACUAACUCAUUUUUACUAUGUCAUUGCGCACUGCCCUAUAUUCAAAUCAGUUGCAGUGUUCUGCAUUUGGAGGCUGUUUGGGAAUGUGUUACACAAUAAUGUUACAAAAUUGAGCAAAGAGCUAAGAACAAAAUACAAACUAGUUUCAAGACCUUAUCAGUGAGACAGAAAUAUACUGAACAAGAGAGUCUUCAAAUACUUUCUAAACACAUUGAGGAAGUUAGAAUUUGGAAUGGAAGUGGGCAGCUCUUUCUACCACCUAGGACCUACACUUGAAAACAGUCUGAACUGAGAUAUGAUACCACACAAAGUUGACAUCAUCAGAUCUAAGUGGUUGAGAAGAAGCAUAAAAUCAUAGGGUCUCCAUAUACAGUACACUGUAUAUUAUCAAUGAUCAAGUAAUAUCAUUUAACUGUAUCCAUCCAUCCUUUAUCCAUCCAUUAUCCAACCCGCUAUAUCCUAACUACAGGGUCACGGGGGUCUGCUGGAGCCAAUCCCAGCUAACACAGGGCGCAAGGCAGGGAACAAACCCCGGGCGGGGUGCCAGCCCAUUUAACUGUAUGUAAACAUAUAAUAAUACGGGUCAUACAGUAUCUUGAAUUUAUAAAAAGAUUUGGGAAAUAAUCUCGGAAAAUAUUUCUGUCCAAAUAAUUGAGCCAGCACACUUUGAAGCUUGCUGUAAUCUGUCAGUUGUUAGAUCUCAGCAAAUCAAGAAACUGUUGAGCUGUGAAAAACAACAAACCUGUGAUUUUCUAUGUGUACAGUCCUGUGUUGCCACCCAGAUUCAUUUCUCAAUGUGUACAGGGCACAUGGAUUUGUGAAGAUUUUUUUAAAUAACUUUUUAGAUAUAAAUCAAACAAAAGUCUCCCCACCCACACCAUGAACUACCCCUUGAAUUUUGACGAAGGCAUUAUAUAUCAAAUGUUUAAUCACUCUAUUUUAGUACUGCACAUAUUAUUGGUAAUUACAUUGCUUUUGUAAUAAAUAGAAUUUACACUGCUUGUUUGCCUCUUUAUGAAACCAAGGGAAUUUGUAAUCUCACUACGCAUACUAAACUUUGUCAUAAAGCUAGUUAUACUAUAGUUUUAGUAUUUAAAGUGUUUCUGAGUAGCAGUUUCAUCAUUGUGUUCCCUCUUUUAUUACAGUUGUUUAUCUUGUAUUUUAUUUUCUUUUCUGUGUUCUGCUUAAUUCACCCACAACAUGGUAAAUAGCACAUGGGUCUCCAUAUGGCAGCACUUGUUUUUUUUGUAGAAAUGGACCAUUGUAAUUUAGUGGAGCUGAAAAGGUCAUGAACUACCUAAAAUAUAUUUUAUUUUGUAUAUAUCAAGAAAAUAUGGGCUGUUUUUGACACUAAUUUGCAUGGUCAGCACUUCUAUGUUUUAAAAAAAUCAAAAACCUCAGUGUUUAUAUGAAAAUCUUUUUACGUGUGUUUUCAGCAAAAUAUUUUCAUUAUUUAUCAAAUAUAUCCUCUGAAGAAAAAAAAGUUAGUUUUAGACCUUAAAAAAAGGAACAUAGAUUUUAAAAUCAGACCGCUUUACUCUUUAUUUAUCGAGCAAGUCAAACUACGUCUGGCUUCUCCAAAUAGUAGGAAACCUGGUGUAGGUGAAGGUGCCAUGGUUUUUAAAUUCAGAAGGUAGGCUCGUUUUGGUUUGCAGACAGUGCCCUAUUCAUCUGAAUGUUGAUGUGAUUGUGAUACAUUCUUGUAAAGUCAUUCCUUGGCUACAGUUGUCUGUGAUGCUCUGACCACUGAUGCGUGUUAUGACAACUAUUGACUUAAGGUCUCAUUAAGCUCUGAAUCAUUAAAUCCUUCCACAGUUCCAGCUAAGGUUGUGCGGUGUUCUGGUACUGGAAAAGAAACGAAAAACCCAGUUUUAAAAAUGGUACAGUAGCAGCGGUUCAGUAUUUUUAGUAAACAUUACUUUUUUACUCUUCCAGUCCCCUUUGACAUGCACCCACCUACCUUUUCUUGCUACAAGAGGGAAGCAGCACUUGUGCCUCAGUGAGGCUAGAGUAAGACAGGGAGCUUUUGUAGUUAUCCAGUGUUUUCUUUCAAAUAGUUUCAGUACCGGUACUGGGGUUCGAGAGCUGAUAUCAAUACCAAAGUAAAAAUUUUUGUACUGAUCCAACAUUAGUUCCCUCAAUAAAAACCAAUAAAAUGUUUAGAUAUGUGUAUCAUUGCAAGUAGAGGUUAUGCACUUAAAUGCUGAAAACAGUAAUCAUGAAUAUUCAAAUGGCCUGGAGAUUUUUGAUUCACUCUUCUUAUUAAUGUAAAUUAAACAUAAGAUCUUUAUUUUGACACAUUUCAGUAUUCAAGACUCUGCAAAAUAAAAUGAAUGAUAAUAUGAAACUACCAACUAACAAGACAUUUCUGUUAUUUUGAGUACUUUCAGCUAAUAGGGUAGCAUAGCAGGCUGCUAUCUAAACGGUUCAAUGGCCAUCAUUUAAAAAAAAGAAAGUGUUCAUCUAAAUACAAAUAUACAAUUCCAAAGAAAGAAAAUCAUAAAUAAAAAAACCAACCAGACUUGUUUUUUCUUCUAUGCAUUUUAAUUUUGUUCUGCAUCAGUUCUGUCCUUGUGGGGGUGAGGUACCAUUGUGCGGUGGAGCAGGCUUAGCCUCUUGUGCAGCAACAAAUGUGGGUGUUGUAAUGUAUGUAUGUAAUGUAUUUCCUCCUUCUUUACGGGAAGACGUCCUAGCGUAUAUCAAUCAUGUGCAUUCACAAUUAGACAAGUGGUAACAGGAGAAGCCUGUGCUAUCAGUGGCAGUCUGCUGAUAGUUGCUCAAGCUUAGCUUGCACUUGAAGUUUGAAAUCCAGAAUUACAGUGAGCAUGAAAUGAAAGUCCUGCAACUAAAGGUUCACUUCUAGUAUACCUACUGUACAUAAACACAAAGGCUGCAGGUCAUCCUGUUAACAGUUUGGCAACUUUCAAAUAUAAUGUGAUGUAAGAAAAGCAGGUGAAGGUAAAGCAUGGUAGGAAAAUGAAUGAAAUGAAAUGACUGUUCACAAGUGUGUUAUUUCUCAAGUUACCAUUUUUUUAAUGUGCAUUUAACCUUUAGCCCCCUGUAGGUGGACAGUGAUGUGGCCCUUGUCUGAAUCUUUGUAAUGUUCAUUAAUAGACAGUAGAGCAGGACAAGUGCUUCUCCUGUAGUUAACAUUUAUUUAAAUGUGGAUCAAUACUGUUUAAUUUGUGCUUUGAGAUCCUUUGCUUAUGGUGAGUCUCAUCAGUACUUAUCUGCAUAUUUAAACUAUUCCUUUAAUUAUUUUAGAGGCCCUGUUAUUUACAUUAUAUGCUUUUUGAUGUAUUUUCUGUUUCAACAAACUAUUCCUUUCUGUAUUAGUGAAACUGACCUUCAUAUGCCUUUACAAGCCUCCAUUCAUGAUAUCAGACAACCCAGCAUGUUGAUAUUGUUUAGCAGUCAGACAAGACAGUCGGUACUGGGAAAGCGAUGAAGGUCCGAGAGUGUGAUAUGAAGGUGUGUGAGUGGGUUGAAGAAGAAGGUGUAUUGUAUGAAUUGUAGUUUUUAAAAGCAUGGCUAUUUCUCUGCCUUACAGGGAUUCACAGUGUUGAUGUGGUGCCAGCGAGCCCUGAGAGGGGAACAUCAGUUUUGGGUUGUUGUGUUACCUUAUGUUUAGCUGUGUCUGUGUGUCCUUUUGUUUGUUCUGAAAAAGGCAGUUGAGAAACAACAGUAUGUUAGUGUGAGCGAGCGCAUGUGUGUGUGUGCAGUCCAGUCCUGGCAGGAGCUCAAGCAGGUCUUAUAUUUGUUGAAGGCUAAUGAAAUAGAACGAAAGUGAGGAAGGUUUAUAAUGAUGAUGGUCUAAUUAGAGUAGAAGCAUAAUACAAGGAGGAUGAAGUACUAUUAGUGUGACAAGCUGUGGUUUUCUUGUGAGGCUCAUGAGAGUUAUGGAAAUGUUCAUUACUGAGGAAAACUGAAAUUAUUAAACUUCCAAAAGCAUUUAGUAAGAGGCACAAUUUUUUACUGCUUAUGAGUGAGUAUUAUGCUCACAUAAAACUGUCAAGUUUAUGUUUUAGUGCAAGCUAAUUAGAAAAUUGUUGCUUUUAUGUAGCACUAACAUAGUCAAGGGAAAGUUUUGAGAAGAUUUCUUUAAUUACAGAUGUGUGCAGUAAUAUUAUAAUUUCAAUGGCGUCACUGUGCCUUUUAUUGCAAAAGUGAACAGAUAAGAGAAACCCCAACACACCACUCAUCUGCCUGAUGAAAGUUUUAUUGCAUAGUUCAGAUUUGUACUCUUGUUUUUUUACAGUUUUCUUGUUCUUACUGUCUGCCUUGUAAAUAAUGUGAACAACCAUGGUGCUAAUAGAAUUAUCUGAACUCAAAUGAAUGUUCAUCCUUGCGGUAGAGAUCACGCCACAGAAAACUGUGUUUUAUUUGUAAGGAUGUGUCUAAUUUCACCAAAGCAGAAGAAAGAAAAAAAUUUAUAUAUUUGCUGAUUUCAAGUAAAAAGUGAAAGAGGGCAAUGAGUAGUACAAUAAAAGCUCAUUUUUCAAAUGGUGGCAGCACAUCCGAACAAUAAUGAUGAUUGGUGUUGGGCAUUUAAGAGAACUGCUCUCUACCUAUAAAAAAAUAAAGUGCUAAUUCUCAGAUUCAAAGUGAGGUGUGAACAGGGUGUCUUCCCCCUCUCGUUUGCAUAGUCCAUCUGAAAAUGGGAAACUAUCUUUUAAAAUUACUUUGUAAAACUUUGAUUAAUUUUUGUUUUGUUUUGUUUUGAAUAAUUUCAUGUUCACAUUGUAUCUGCAUUGCUCUAAGAAAACACAAUAAACCUAUGAUCUUUCUAGUG